AUCCCCGUGUGCUGCCCGGCAGCGCGGCGCUCCGUGAGCCACAACUAUUCGGGCCUCAGGGCUCACACCUGUGCCGGGCACCAGAAUCACAGCUGACGUUUCCUCAGAGAGCCAUUAAACCCGUGAAGAUGGCAGACAACAGCAAGCAGGAGCAGUCAAAAUGGGUAACAACAGUCAUUAUGAGCGCAGGCCUGCAGAAUCACGAAAUCUCCACAAUUCUACAGAGGCAACAACAUCGAGUUCGAUAUUCAGAAUCAGUGGAAAUGGGUUCCGUGAUUUUUUCCCUUUCUGGUGUUGCAUUUAUUCUGGCAGACAUUCAAGACUUGCUCGUGAGAGGGGAAGAGCAGCUUUUAGAAAGAAUUCAGAAGUUUAUAAACAUACAUCGCAAUAGCUUUCUGGUUUUAUCAGCUGCUCUCCAUGGACCACAGGAAUGGAAUGUAACGUUUAGGAUUCAGAGAAGAUUCCUGGGAAGCAAUUUACGUGUUAUACCAGUUCAUAAUACUGCUGAAACUGUUAAGUUGAUGCUAACUAUAGCUAAGAUGAAUUCCAAGCCACGUCCAGAUGAUGUUUCUCAGAAAAUGGCAAUGACAAAAGCCCACAUAAUAGAAAAUAGUCCAGUCUGGAAGAUGCUUCAGGAGUACCAGCAGUUGCAUAGUAAUUAAUUUAGUGUGGAGUUUUAUUCAUAAAUAAAUUUAAAUAAAUUAUAGCAGCUAUACUUUAAACAAUAUAUAGAAUGUUCUUAAAAUAUACUCUUGCGUUUAAAAAAACUAUAUAUACAAUUUACGCAUUUGAAACAAAUUUAUAUUAAACAACUAUACAGUGAAAAAUAGUAUACAUUGUGCCCCGUAUGUUUUCUAACAAAAUAAAAAUGUAGCUUAACUGCACUAAAGAGAAGUCAUCCUGACAUUUGGUUUGAUUUGGAACCUAUGCAUUCAUCUGUUCAUAAUAAUAUAUCAAAUUAUGUAAUAAUUCUUAAGGAAAACUUUAUCAUCAGAGAUAACGAUCACCAAAACAAUUUCAAGAUACAGGUUUCCUGUGUUCAAGCAGUUGUGUAUUAAGCCUUAUGCAGUGUGUUUUUAAACACAAGUUUUAUCUGUUCUUUUACCGAGUUUUAAUACCUUACUUGGCUCAGGGCUGAUGUUUAAACCCGGUCUGAAACUUGGUUUGGUUUGCCUUUAUGUAUUAACUAUAGCUUAUAGACCUGUUUGUAAAUAUAGAAGCUUGUUUGUCAAUAUUAAAAAGUACUAAUAAAAAUAACUACUCCUUUAACAGUGCUUUUUAGUUCCUGGCUCUCCAGGUUACUUUAUAAAAAUCUUCAUCAGACAACAACUUAUCUAAAAUAUUUUGAAAAUGAACAGAACAAGAAAUGCACAGUCACACAUUCUUACCACAGCACAACACAAAAACAUCUUGUAGAUUUACUUCCUAUACUUCAGCAAAAACAUCAGGUUCUGAAGGUGAACACUUUAGUAAACAAACCAUCUGUGAUCACAGACAAAAACAGCAAAAUAAGUUUUUUUU